AUGAGAAGCAUCAAGAGUCUCUCUUUGCUCCAACAUCUCCUCUUCUUCCUCGUCCUUCAUCUUUCAGAGCUUGCUACCGGACAACAAGACCAAUUCGUCUACUCCGGUUUCGCAGGCACCAACCUCGCCCUCGACAGCACCGCCACCAUCACACCAGACGGCCUGCUUGAGCUGACAAAUGGCACCUUCCGUCUCAGAGGCCAUGCUUUCCACCCGACUCCAUUCCACUUCGGCAAGGCGCCCAACGGGACAACGGUUCAGGCUCAGUCCUUUGCUGUCUCGUACGUGUUUGCUAUCUACUGCGUCCAGGCCCAGACCUGCGGCCACGGCAUGGCCUCCAUCAUCGCCGCGAGCAGCAACUUCUCCGACACCAUGCCCACCCAGUACCUGGGGCUCAUCAACGACCACAACAACGGCAACCCAGCCAACCGCUUCUUCGCCGUCGAGCUCGACACCAACUGGAACGACGAGUUCAAGGACAUUGACAAUAACCAUGUCGGGAUCGACAUCAACAACCUCGUCUCCGUCAACUCCAGCAGCGCCGGCUACUACAACGACCACGACGAGGGUAACUUUCAAAACUUGACGCUCGCGAGCUACAAAAUGAUGCAGGUGUGGGUGGAGUAUGACGGAGGUCGCAGGCAGAUCAGUGUGAGCUUGGCUCCCGCAGACAUGGCCAAACCCACCAAACCACUGCUCUCCACCACCUACAACCUCUCAACAGUGCUCCCAGACAUGGUAUACGUCGGCUUUUCCGCCUCGACGGGCUCAUUCGACUCGCGGCAGUAUGUGCUUGGUUGGAGCUUCGGCAUCAACAGGCCUGCUCCGGCAAUCGACGUCACCAAGCUGCCCAAGCUGCCUCGUCAAGGUCCCAAGGCUAGAUCCAAGGUACUGGAAAUCGGACUGCCAAUAGUUUCAGCAGCAUUUGUUCUUGCUGUGGGCACCACCGUCAUUCUUCUUGUCCGGAGGCGGCUAAGGUAUGCUGAGCUUAGAGAAGAUUGGGAAACUGAAUUUGGGCCCCAUAGGUUUUCAUACAAGGACUUGUUUCAUGCCACCAAGGGAUUUAAGAACAAGAAUCUACUGGGGAUUGGAGGAUUUGGAAAGGUGUACAAGGGGGUGCUUCCAAAGUCGAAAGUGGAGAUUGCUGUGAAAAGGAUCUCCCACGACUCGAAGCAGGGGAUGAAGGAAUUUGUUGCAGAGGUUGCAAGCAUCGGCCGCCUCCAGCACCGCAAUAUCGUGCAGUUGCAUGGCUACUGCCGUCGCAAGGCUGAGCUUCUUUUGGUGUAUGAAUACCUGUCGAACGGAAGCCUCGACAAGUACCUGUAUGAUCAGGAGAAGAAGCCUACUUUAACCUGGGCCCAGAGAUACAAAAUCAUCAAAGACAUUGCGUCUGCCUUGCUCUACCUUCACCAGGAAUGGGAGAAAGUUGUGUUGCAUCGAGACAUCAAGCCAAGCAACGUGCUCCUCGAUGAUGGACUGAACGGGCGGCUGGGUGAUUUCGGCUUGGCAAGGUUAUAUGACCACGAGACUGGACCUCAAACCACACAUGUUGUUGGCACCAUUGGAUACCUAGCUCCUGAGCUAGCACACACCAACAAAGCAACCCCACUUAGUGAUGUGUUUUCCUUUGGCAUGUUUGUUCUUGAAGUCACUUGCGGGCGAAAGCCCAUCGAGCCAGCAUCACAAGGCAACCAACUCACCUUGGUCAGAUGGGUGAUUGACCAUUGGCACCAAGGAAUUCUCACAGAUGCAGUGGAUACCAAGCUCCGAGGUGCCUACAAUGUUGAUGAGGCAUGCCUAGCUCUGAAGUUAGGAUUGCUGUGCUCACACCCAUUGAUCAAUUUAAGGCCCGACAUGAGGCAGGUUCUGCAGUAUCUCAAUGGUGAUAUGCCACCGCCAGACCUGAAUCUGACACACAUGAGCUUCAACAUUCCAUCCUUGAUGCAGAAUGAAGUUUCAAUAGAUGACUUGCGUGCAGCCUUGAUGGUGUAA